AUGGCUAUUCGUCGUUUACAACAAGAUUUUCAUCACCUAAUGAAAAAUAAAGUGGAUGGAAUAGAUGCAAGUCCAUCUGCAGAAAAUAUUUUUCUCUGGAAUGCUAUUAUUUGUGGUCCAGAAGAAAGUAUUUAUGAAACUGGCACAUUUCAACUUCAAUUAGCCUUUCCUGACGAUUAUCCACUUCGACCACCCCAAGUUCGAUUUACAACGAACGUUUUUCAUCCAAAUGUUUGGUGGGAAGAUGGAUUCAUUUGUGUUGACAUACUCAAAGAUGGUUGGGCACCAUCUUAUGAUGUCUUAGCAAUACUUCAUUCUAUUCGACUGCUGCUAAUUGAUCCGAAUCCACUGAGUCCAGCCAAUUUAGAAGCUGCUUUACUUUAUCGUGAUAACCGAGCUGAAUAUAAUCAACGCAUUUCACAGAUGAUACAAGACACACACGAUGCAGAGAACAACAAUGAUGAUGAUGAUGAUGAUGAUGAUGAUGAUGAUGAUGAUGAUAGCCAAAUUGAAGAUGGCGAUACAAUUCGUCAAAAAACGAUCAUUCUUCGUCAUAGCAUCACUGAAUGA